AUGAUCACUCGGCGGACCCUCACUCUUUUGCGACGUGCACCGCUCGCCCGCGGUCUCUCAUCCAGGGCGUCCGCCGUGCUCUCUGCUGUGGACAUCAACCCAAGCACGGAGUUGCCUGGUGUUUAUGACGGCGAGUGGACUGGGUCGGGCGAAGUGCUCAAGAGCGUGUGCCCCACAACGGGCGAGGUCCUUGCGCGUGUCACGUCGGCCACGCCCUCGGAGGUUCAGCGUGCUCUGGAACGCUCACGCGAAGCCUACCACAUUCUCCGAGCUGUGCCUGCGCCCAAGCGCGGCGAAAUCUUGAGACAAAUCCGGGUAGCCCUUGCAGAGAAGAGAGACGACCUCGGUGCGUUGAUCUCGCUGGAAAUGGGCAAGAUCCGGACAGAGGGCGAAGGCGAAGUGCAAGAGUUUGUGGACAUUGCCGACUACGCCGUCGGCCUGUCUCGUAUGAUGAACGGUCGCGUUGUCGCCUCAGAACGGCCUGGCCACAGCAUCCUCGAAGUGCCAAACCCGCUCGGGGUCGUUGCCGUCCUCUCCGCGUUCAACUUCCCCAUGGCCGUUUACGGAUGGAACCUCGCCCUAUCUUUCGCCGCCGGAAACGCGACGCUCUGGAAGCCGGCGCCCUCCACACUUCUUUGCGCGCUUGCGGUCACCAAGCUCAUCGCGCCCAUCCUCGAGCGCAACGGCAUUCCCGGGGCUGCCGCCGGCCUCAUCACUGGUGGCGCGGAUGCAGGCUCAAGCAUCGUUGAGAGCCCCUCGGUCGACCUUGUCUCCUUCACCGGCUCCGAAGCCAUCGGGCGCAUCGUUGGCACUAAUGUACAGAACCGCUUUGGCAAAGUCCUCCUCGAGCUCGGAGGGAACAACGCGGCGGUGGUCAUGCCCGACGCAGACCUCGCGAUGGCCGUCCCCGCGGUGUUCUUCGGCGCGGUCGGCACAGCUGGCCAACGUUGCACGUCCACCCGCCGACUCUACCUGCACUCCACGGUCGCCGACGAGUUCCUCGCACGUCUGGAGCGCAUGUAUGCGGGUAUCAAGCCGGGUGACCCACUCGACCGUGCAACGCUCCUCGGGCCGCUACACUCGCGCGCAGCGAUGGACAUGUAUGACGGUGCGAUCGCGCACCUGCGCGAGACGGGCGCGGAGAUCCGCGCUGGCGGUGCGGCGUACGCGGGCCUCGCGAAGCCGCUCGACGGCGGGAACUUCGUGACACCCACGAUCGCAGUCCCGCGGGGCGUGGACAUCAAGGACAAGACGUGGAGCACGGAGACGUUUGCGCCCAUUCUGAAAGUGGGCGUUUUCGACGAGAUUGAACAGGCGAUCGAGUGGAACAACGGCGUCCCCCAGGGCCUGAGCAGUAGCCUUUGGACGCGCGACAUGCGCAACGUCGGCAAGUGGAUCGGCCCCGCUGGCUCUGACUGUGGUAUUGUGAACGUCAACGUUGGCACGAGCGGCGCCGAGAUUGGUGCUGCUUUCGGCGGGAACAAGACCACAGGCUGGGGCCGCGAAUCUGGCGGCGACGCGUGGAAGCAGUACGUCCGUUGGAGCGCGUGCACGCUCAACUUCUCGGACGAAGCGCCGCUCGCGCAGGGCGUGCAAUUCUCCAACACCGCGUGA